CAUUUUUGGUCAUGUUAUAACCUACUUGGUUUACUGCGUUCUUUCAGACAAACUAGGUAACUGAAGAAAAUGAGACUUCUGCUAGUGUUUUUGGCAGUAAUUGUCCUGGCUGAGGGUCAUGUCGCGUACAUUGGCCUCCCCUCCCUAUGUGACGUGUGCCAAAAACUGGUCGGCUUUGUGAAAGAAAAGCUUGGAGGAAAAGUUGGCGAUGCUCGAGAGCUUGCAACCGGAUUCUGUGAGAAAAAAGCUCCAUUCCUCCUCCGGGGCCCAUGCAAGAGCCUCGUAGCAGACAAAAUGGGCGCCAUUGUGAACCUAUUAGGGGAGAAGGCCGACGUGAAAGGAAUCUGCACUAAAAUCAAGUUGUGCAAAAACUAAAUCCAUAACGCUUCAAUAAAUCAUUCACGCACCUCU